ACAAAAGAAACACUUGAAGGCCUUUUGAAUGGAGCUACGUCAGAGGACUCGCUUGUUGCUGGACAGACCCCUCGCUAUUAGGUGGGAGCUUUUUAAAAGAGCGACAGGUGGCUUAAGGUUCAGAGUUCGUAUCCACCCGAGGAGCUGACAUGUUGGAGAGAUUCAAACUGAGCAUCCUGCUGCAGGACCUCACUCUGCUGGUCCUGUUGGGCCCGGCCUGCGAAGCCUCUUCUCUGGGACUGACGGUCCACGUUUUGCCCCUGGACAGUGAUGGAGGGAAUACGGUACGAGCUCAUUUCAGUGCCAUCGCUCCCACUCCUUGUCCAGCUUUGACUGGACUGUGUGCUGCAGGGGAGGACUGUCUGGUCCACACUACCUCGUUACCUUUCACUGGCACCAAACCCAGCUCGGGCUGGUGUGUCCGCCAGUGGCAGAAAACUGUCCCCAGUAAUUACAGCGCCACUAUAAAAUUAGGGUCCGAAACAGAAAUUUAUGUAUCGAUGAAAGCAGGACCACAGAUUCGGGGAAACAGCGGGAGACUUAACCAUCCUGCUUUUGUAGGGCUCUUUCCUCCACUAAGGGCCCGUGUAAACUGCCCUCACCACUUCCAUCUGUCGGUGAAAGAUCUGGACGGUGACAAGGUGAGAUGUCGCUUUGCUCGCCCCGAGGAGGGAGAGUGUGUCAACUGCACUCAGCACUCUUUUAUAGAGCUGGAAGAGGACCAAUGUUCGUUUACAUUCACGGGAAAAGCAGCAGCAGGACGGUAUUUCAUCCACCUGAUGGCGGAGGACAUGAUCCCUACGCCCAGAACAAGCCACACUGCAGCUAACAAGCCCCUCAGCUCUGUCCCUGUGCACCUGUCUCUCACAGUGGAGGAGUCCACCUCCAGUUGCAGCAGUGAACCUGUGGCAACAGACGAAACCCCCAGAGUGGACUCCACGCUGUUUGUCCUGCCGUACCAGCAGGCGCAGUUCGACGUCGAGUUUGAAUCACAGCAGGAGAGCAUUUUAGAGUUUGGCACGAUCGGUCCCCCGGGACUCCUCAGGGUUGGUUUCAAAACAAUCGGCCCCCUGGCAACCAUGACCGUGUCCUGGGUCCGCUCCGAAAACAAACUGGCCCGCCUUUUGCCCAUCUGCUUCGCUGCGAAUACCAGGAGUUUGCAGUCAGAGCCCAGAUGCGUGUGGCUGUACCAAAGGGAGAUGGCGGCGCUGCCUGCCGGAACAGAGCUGACGUGUGAGAAGACAGCGAUGACUCUGUUGCUCCCUAUCACCUCCCUGAGUGACAUCGACCUGACCGAGCUGCAGCUCAACAGCCCCACCUGUCCCGUCACCUACAACAGCACACACCUGACUGCACGCAUCUCCCUGACUGGCUGCGGCACCAAGAUUGUGCACUCUGGUAACGAGAUGGUUUUCACCAACACCUUGAAAACUGUGCGUGCGUACACUCUGGUGAGCCGCCGGCCCACACUCGUCCUCCCUCUGGCCUGCCGGAUCCCUGAAGCCCAGGUCGGCACACCGCACUACCAGAUCGGCAUGCCCAAAGAGGAGGAGGUCUUCGGUGUGGUUGACGUGUGGAUAGAAAUUCACGCUCCAGGAGAGGGGCCCCUGGCCGACUUCACUCGCACCCCUAGGUUUCGCACCCUCAGGAUGGCGCCAGGACGAGUGCGUCGAGAGGCACAAUCACCAUCAGAGAGCAACAGCACCUCCACCAGCUCCACUGAUAACAGCACCACUAACACCCAUGGGGCCGUUGGGUCCAGGAUCACCCAGCUGGACCUCCAUGUGAUGUCCAACUGCAGCAUCGAACGGGCCGAGAUGAUAGUGAGCAACUGUAUUGAGUCUGCGACGGAGGACUUUGCAGAAACCUUCCCCAUUCUUGAACAAGGGUGUAUGUCUUCCAACAAAACAUUAGAGGUCAUUACAACAAAAUCCAAUUCCAAGGUUUACCGCCUUGAUUUGUCCAGCAUAGAGACCAAAGGAUCAACGAUGUACAUUGAGUGCACGGUGAAUCUGUGCAUCUCCACCAUGCCCUCUGAGAAGUGCCCUGAUCUGUGUGCCCGCUCCUUUAAUCACAGAGCUCUGGUUGGCAGUCUGUUCACCAGCGCCUACACCAUUAGGUCGGGACCCGUCAGCCUCGUGGUAACCUCUCCUGCACCAACCACAACAGCCGUCGCCAAAGCUACAACUACUGCUGCAGCAACCACAACUGCUGCUGCUGCUGCCACCACUAUAACCACAGCUGCCCCGAUCAGCAACACCACCUCAGGCGCUCCAGAACAGGCCUCAGCCAUGGCAGCCGGAGUGAUUCUGACAACUUUCAGCAUAUUUCUUCAAAACAUCUUCCUGUACUGAACAAGCUGCUGGACGAUGAUCUGUCCGAACAUGAAGGAACACUGUUGCCUGUUUUGGACAUUUGAAGAAUGAAACCCACUCAUGAUUCCGAUGUGUAUUUUAGGCUUUUUUAGAGCACACUACAUGACUUUCAAAAUAAAAAAAAAACAUAGGAUUUAUUGCACUGCUCACAAUAAAUUAUCCUUAUUACUGUAUGUCAUCUCACCAGUAGUGGUAGGAUGCUCAAGGGUGUGACACAGAAGGAGGGGUCACACUAUAAAAUGUCCUCCUUAUUUUUUAUUUGCCCUUUGAGACCACCUGGAGGCCGAACUGUCUGAGACACUGACCGUGUACUGUAAUCUUCCCUAGUUUAAGUCUGUGACUUUGUUGCGUGUCCUUCUUCCUGUCUUUUCAGCUAUCUGCUGUAUACAGCAUGUACAUGUAAAAAACCUUGAUAGGAGCAGCAGACUUUGUUACUCUGCACUAUCUGUGUACUUUAUUAGCUACAUGCUGGAUUUAUUACAGAACAUUUGGCACAUUGAAGAUAUUGGACACAAUUUGGAGGAAAAUUAAAAAAUAUUGAAAUCCAGUUAGUUUAGCUAACCCGGCUAUGUACUGUUGGUUUUUCAAAACUAGUAAGCACUUAUUAACAAACAGCCUCACACACCCUUUUCUCUUCACAAAUACUGUGAAUAAAAUUAAGGUGUUUAUUUAGCUCAAAUAUUUGAUGACACACUUUGACCCUUUACGAUUAUGUCACAUUAUAUGUACCAUUUUGUCAUAUGGAUUGUUUAAAAUGUAUUUUAUUUUAUUGUUCUGCUCUGUAUACACGACAUCUGUUGCACAACUGUCCUCCUCCGUUGUUCUGCUCAUGGUUUCUCCCAUUUUUUCCCUGUUAAAGGUUUUUUGGGGGGAAUUUUUCCUCGAUUUUAAGCCUGUCAAAAAGAACAGACAGUGUCAUGUGCUGUACAGAUUGAUUGAUAAAACCCCCUGAGGCAAAUUUGUGAUAUAAGGCUGUAUAAAUAAAAUUUAUUGGCUUUACUUUUAGACACCCCCCCCCCCC